GCAGGCAGUCGAACAUUACUGAUUUAUAUUUAUUUUUUGGAUACAAAUAUUUAAGUGCUAUUGUACAAAAACUUAUAAACAAGUUUGAACUGUCUGGAACUGAACAUAAAUAUUAUUUAAAGGAACAAUCAAUAAACAAUUGUGAUAAUUUACAAAAUAAUUUGUGAUAAAUUAAAAAUAAAUCAUAAAAUAUGGUGAAGCAUACAGAAGAUCCAGAAUUGGACUUGGAAGCAGUAAAGGAACUGAGAAAAUUAAUAUUGGAUAAAAUCACAAACGGGGACGACGAAUCUGUUGAUGGAUUCCAUCCAAAGGAUUUAUUGAGAAUAAAUCAGGAUUUCUGGGUGACAAACUUUCUUGUCGCCAAUGAUUACAACAUGAAAGAGUCGUUUAAGCAAUGUUGGGAUACACUUGAAUGGAGAAAGAAAUUCGGCGUGAAUGAUAUUACCGAAGAGACAGUGCCUCCAAAUUAUUUAGAGAAUGGAAAUGUUUACAUUAGAGGUGAAGAUGUCGAAGGUCAUAAGUUAAUGUUCUUUAGAAUUAGAAUUUAUUCAAGAGGAUUCAGGACGCUUGAAGGACUUAAAUGGUUCUUAUUAUAUUGGUUUGAAAGAAGCAUGAGAGCGGCAAAUGAUGGUCAAAUAACUGUUGUUCUUGACAUGAUUAAUAGUGGAUUGAAGAAUAUGGAUUUAGAAUACAUUAAAUUAAUGAUUAACAUUUUGAAAUCAUACUAUCCUAAUUCGUUGAGUUAUAUCCUCGUUUAUGACAUGCCAUGGGUUAUGUCAGGCGUAUUUCAAAUUGUCAAAGGAUUGCUGCCUAAAAAAGUCGUAGAACGAAUGAAGUUCAUCAACUCGAAAACUGUGAGGCAAUAUAUUGAUGAUGAAAAUAUGCCAUACGAGUGGGGUGGUUUAGACAAAUAUGAACUGAAAUUUGAACCUGAAGUUUGCCCAGCUGAAUUGAUGGAAAAAGAGGAAGUCUUCGAGAAUAACAACGAUGAGUUACAAGAAAAUUUCAACAUAACGAAUGUCACUGUCCGUAAGGUUCAUUUCGCAAAUUUACAAGAAUCACCAAUGUCGGAUGUGUCAUCAAACUCCCAAUUUGAAAAUAAUUAUGGAGAUAUGCUCCAACUAACGCCUGCCGAAACGAUUGUGUUUCAAAAGAACAACAACAAUGAAUAUUUUGGCAAUGUUGAGAUUCUAAAUGUCGGAAAGAAGGCUAUAACGUAUAAAGUGAAAACGACAGCUCCAGAUAAAUUUCGAGUUCGUCCAAGCUCUGGAACACUUUCGCCUAAUAAUAAUGCCAUAAUUAACGUCCUUAUACAGAAAAAUCAGCAUACACUACCUGUAAAUAAAGAUAAAUUCCUAGUAAUGUGUAUGCCACUUCCUGAUGAAUCUCUUACGAAUGAAGAAAUCUCAAAUAUUUGGAAAGAAGUGAAUGCGAGUAGUCCAGUUGAACAACAUCGUUUAAAAUGUGCCAUGCCUGUAACAACGGCGAUAAUCAAUAAUUUGGAAGGAAUUUCAGACUAUUUUCUAGACUCAACCACAGUCAGUUCAUCAAAUAUAGUCCAUAGUAGUGUUAGCCAUAAUGGAACGAAACCAACAAGUUCGCAUACACAACAGCAUUUGCAAGUCACAGUAAAUCAACUCUCUGAAAAUGUUCAUAACAUGCAGCAACAAAUUAAAACAAUGCAGUCAUUGCAAUGGAUAACAAUUUUUGUCUUCAUUAUGCUUUCGAUUAGUAUCGUGUAUAUUCUCAAAAUGGAAAUUCAAAAUUCAAAUUCACAAUAUUGUAUAGAUAAGUAAGGAUGAUCUAUGGUGUUUGGAUAAAUGAUAAGAAAGACACCAUAAAUAUUUUUGUCGAUAACCAUAAAUUUCAUAAAUCGUAUACAAACUUUUUCUAGUGAAUGAAAAUUUCUGUCCUUUAAUCGUCAGUCAUCGGUAAUUGUGGAAUCUAACUGAACCUCUCUAUACUUCGACGUGUGAUUAUGAUCGUUCAGAUUUUAAGACAAAAAGAAAAGUAACAAAAAAUUUUCUCAAGAAAUCUCUAUACAACAUUUAACUUAUAUUUAUAGUAGUUGUUGAAUAAUUUUUAAUUGUUUCUCUUUACCGUAUGAUUAGAAAUAAAAAGAGAUUGAUAGAAAAUAAUAAAUUAUUUGGCAAUGAAGAUCUUUUUAGAUGCUUUUUAUUGAUUGUUUUAUUAGAUUUUUAACCUAGAAUUCUUAUUUUUGUAGGU